AUGGCUGAGUUUAAACAAAAACUAAAGAAUCUCUUAGAUACUAAGACAACUGUAAAGGUACCAUUAAUAGGAUCACAAGACUUUUGGGACAGUUCUAGAAGAAAAAGUGAAUCAUUUUCAUUGAAAACUGUUAAUAAUGACAAUACUACUGAAAAAUGUGAUGCAGAAAUAAUAUCAAACAUAGAUCAAGUAUAUUUUAACAAUUCUGAGUUUGAUUUUGCUAGAUUUGAACUAGAAAAAUUACCUGGUGUUCUUGAUAAAAAAUUGACUGCAAAUGAUAUAAAAAAGUUAAGGGCACAACAUGAAAUUGUCGAAAAACAGUUACUACAGUUAAUUCUUGAAAAUCAAGCUGCAUGCGAUGAUGAAUUGGAUAAAAUUGGUGUGUUACAAAAUGAUUUAAAAUCUAGUUUAGAAAACUGUGAACAUGCUAAAAAUCGUUUAAAACUUGCCAAGAGGCAGAUAACUACAGCUGGUUUAGGUCUAUUAGGUAAUUGCCGAAAAAAAUCUUUGAUUCUUGAUUUAUUAAAUUCAUUAAAUAAUAUAAAAAUGCUGUUACAAACUGAAAAAAAACUAGAAGAAUUAGUGUCCCAAGCAAACUACGCAAAAGGAAUUGCAUUACUAUUAGAAUGCAUACAAGGUGCGUCUGCUUUUAAACAAUUCACAUGCAUAGCUGCCCUAUCUGUAAAACUCCAGGAUGCAUUGAUUAUGACUGAAGAACAAUUGGACAUUGUCUUAUCGAAUAUGUGUUUCAAUUUUGAUCAUGAGAAAUAUUCAGCUGUCCAAGAAGCUUAUAGACGUCUAGGUAAAACAAGAAUUGCUAUAGAUCAAUUGCACAUGCAUUAUACAUCAGCUGUCCACAGUGCAUCAUUUGAUACUAUAAAUUUAUUUGUGGAUACUGAAAAAGUGGAAAAUGUCAAAAAUUCAUUCAAUCUCUUGUGUCAGUUUGUUCCUGAUGAUCAAUUAAUUCCGUGUCUGAUUGCAUUGAGUAAAAUAUUUUGGAAUAUAUUACAGAGUUAUAAAAGAGCUGCUGAUUGGCAUAGAGAAUUUAAAGAUAAUAAUACUGAUCAUGAAGACGAUAUUGAAGAAUGUGUGAAUCAAGAAUAUAUAAGUAAAAAAUUUGAAGUCGGACCAACUCGACUAUGGGGUGACAUAAUUACCAAAAUAUCUAAUCUAGUGUUCAAUUCUAAUAUGACAAAAUUCAAAUUUGAUGACUUUCUUCAAAUACUAUCUAUAUUAAAUAAACAUAUUAAAAUUGGUGAAGAAUUUUGCAACAGUAAAUCUGAACAAUUACAAAAUGAUACAAAAAAAUCUUGUAUAAGUUAUUUUCAUACUUAUCAUAAAAAUUGUCUUGAUGAGUUAACAAUAUUUUUUGAAAAUGAAAGUUGGACCCCAUGUCCAGUAAAACGUGAAUUUAAUUUAUUCCAACUUCAAGAAUUUAGAACAAUUAAAAAUCACAUUCAAAAAUCGGAUACUUCUCAUUUAACUCAUAGUAGAAGUUCUUCAAUGGAUAGUAGUUCAAUUAGCACAAGUGAAUUUUUUCAUUUUCAAUUAGAUAAAUCACCAUUUGAUAAUGAUUUUAAUACUAUUUAUAGUGAAGAUAUAUUAGAUACAGAGAUGGAUGCAAAUAGCAUUUGUAGUGAUGAUAGUAACAAUAGUUAUGAAGAAAUCGAUAAUUAUAAUAUACAAGCAGAGAACUAUGAUCGACCACCUUUACUUACUAAUACCACAUUGACUGUGAUGAGACAUUGCGGAAAGUACUUAAAAAUAUGUAGCAUAUUAAAGUCAAUUUCAGAAGAUGUAGUCACCUGCUUAUGUCAAUUAUUUGAAUAUUAUUUGUACUCCAUUCAUUUGUUAUUCACUUCUGAUAAUCUGCCUCAAAUAUGUAGCAAUGUAAAUAGUGUUAAACUUCAAUCUGUAAUUACAAGAAUUGGUAACACUUUAAUUCAAUGCAAUUAUGAAAUUGAAGCAAAUCAUGAUCCAUUUAUUCGAGAGCCUGUGGCUUUACACAUGUUAAGUUUUUCAGAUGCAAAUAAUUUAUAUGGUGUUUCUGAACGAAUUGUUGCUGUAGAAUCUCUAGUAUUCUUAGGUGAACAGUACAAAUUAUUACUUUCAUAUUUAAAUACACUAUUAACAUCAGACACAAGCAGUUAUUCAUUACAGCAGUUCUAUAAUCAAACUGUAGCUGUAGCCGUUGAUUUACGAAAACCAGUUUAUGGUCGUGUUAUAUGUAAAGCUAUUGAUUACAACCAAGUACUUAGCAUGAUGGCCAAAGUAAAUUGGGAAGUAAAAGAUAUUAUGUGUGAACACAGUAGAUAUGUUGAUUACUUUCUUCAAGAGUUACGGGCAUUUUUUAAAGCUCUUAAGACAUCAACAUCAAAUAUUUAUUUAAAUGAGCAGAUAUUACACUCCAUUUGGGAAGCUAUUGGCAUUCUUGUAUCAUCAGUUUUUAUUGAAGGAUUUUCAUUAGCAAAAAAAUGUUCAAAUGCUGGCCGGGCAUUAAUGCAACUUGAUUUUACACAGUUUAUGUCACAAGUGAAUUCAAUCUGUCCAGUUAAUUCAUUACUUCAUAAAGAAUUAGUUGAAGUUUAUAUCAAGGCUUAUUACUUACCUGAAACCUCUUUAGAAACUUGGACAAGAGAUCACCCGGAAUAUUCUCAUAAACAGUUAUUAGCUGUUAUCAACUGUGUGUGUCAAAAUAAUAAACGGUUAAGGCAGAAGCUCACAAAUGCAUUGGAAGAAUCUAUUCAAAGAUAAUCUUUUUUUGAAACUAAAUUAUUAUUAGUUGUUGAUUUUAUUUUUAUCUUUAAAUUGAUCAAUAUUAACAAUUUAUU